GUGCGCAAACCCGCGCGGCCUCUUUCGCGCGCGCAGUACCUCCCACCUCUUCCCGCUUCGCCACAACCGACGAAUCCGCCUCUCCCCAAGAUGUCGUCAGAGGGCUCGACCGCCUGUUGGACAUGCAAGCUUCGGCGCAAGAAGUGUAACAAAAGUCUACCAACAUGUCAUGACUGCACCUUACUGGAAAUCGAGUGCCACUACAGCGCGGACAGACCCACAUGGAUGGACAACGGGAAGGAGCAACACAAGAUGGCUGAAACCGUCAAAAUGCAGGUCAAGCGUAAUUUAGCGCAUCGAGCUCGACGGAACAAGAUUCGCAUCUUGUCUAAAGAGCUGAAUAACAGUUCCACUGAAGCAAGCCCACCAGAGUCUCCAACAUUUUCGCUCGUCCCUGAAUUGGACAGUAACAUAGACGCGCCUUGGGUGUCUCUUUCCACUCCUGCAAGUCAUGCCAGCCGUACUGAAUCCUUCGAUAACACUGAUACCGUUCAAUCGGAAUCGAGUGGUCAAGAUAUAUUCAUUCCUCACGAAGCUGAAACAGCAGCCGCUUACAAGCCAUCUGACUUCGUGUCAAGCCUCUUAAUGUCCUACUUGGACUAUGCUUUUCCAGUCUUGUUUCCGUUCUACAAGCCCCCAAUCUCCGAGGCUGGCCGCGGCUGGCUGCUCGCCCUCGCUCUGAAGUCUCCUGGGUUUUACCACAACAUUAUCGGUAUGGCCGCAUAUUUCUUCCACGCCAUGCCUACAUCGCCAGGUCCUACGCGCGAUCUCUGUAUGGAACAAGGUCAGAUUGAAAUGCAGACGCACAUGGAAAAAGCUGUUCAAGGUGUUCAGCAUAGUCUGGGUCGUGUGACUCGGAUGGGCAUCCAUCAUUCACUUGCGGAGAAUAUUCUUCUGCUGGGGAAUAUUGUUCAAUUGGUCAACUUUGAAGUUGUAUUCGCAACCUCUGCGAACUGGCAGAUGCACCUGACUGCUGCUGCGAACCUUUUCGACCAGACGCUCAGACACUUUGGUGAAGGAUGUCAAGGAGCGACGAAAAUGAGCGCCCUCCUUGGCCAACUUCGCGGCGUUAUGCCUCCAAACUGUUCCUUCUGGUCUGUUGAACAAGCUGCGUUGCGGUUCUUUGCAGCUACACUCAUACACCAAGACGUCAUUGCCGGCACCGCUCACGAGAAGACGCCAAAUCUACAUGUUUACUAUGACGAGCUGUUAGCUACACCUCUCAGCCUUGAAGAACAGUCCCAUAAAUUGCACCUGGAGAAUUUUACCGGUUGUCCAAACUGGGUGGUGCGCUCCAUUGCGGAGACUUCAUCUCUAAAAGAAUGGAAAGAGAAUGCCAAGAGGGCAGGCAGUCUCGACAUCCUAGAUCUAGUGCAACGCGCGACCCUUAUACAAACGGGUCUUCGUGAAGGCGUCGCAAGGUUAGGCGAGGUCACUGCAGAUGCGCUCGUCCAAACACAGGUCCACUCGUACCAGGCUCUUGAAUCGAUCCUAGCAAGGUCUAACAUCACAAAGUACCCAACAGCCACUCUGCCGUCUGUCCAUUGCACCAUCAGCAAGAUUUGGGCUCAUGCCGUUGAGGUGUACCUAAUCACUGUUCUUUCCGGCUGGCAGCCGAGCAAUAUCCAGCUCCGUACCCACGUGGCCCAAGCCCUCGAGCAUCUGAAAGUCAUCGACAAUCCAAGCUGGCUCCGCACUCUGGCGUGGCCGUUUUGUAUUCUUGGCUGUCUCGCUGCAACUGAACAGGAAGCGGCCUUCAUCGAUAUAGCUAAUGCCUCGGGUGGGCUAGCUAUGUUCGGCACGUUGCGCGAUGCACUGGCGAUCAUGCAGAAGGUGUGGAGUCUGCGCUGUCAACACAACGCCGAUACGUGGGAUAUCGCGUACUGUCUACGAAUCCUUGGGCACAGCGUGUUACUAGUAUGA